UAUUAGUUAAUAGUUUUUUCUUAAUAGUAAUUUGUAGUUAUUUUAUUCCUUUCUUUAUUAUGGAGGCAGGCUUUAUGAAAGCAGAUUCUAGCAAUUUACCUGCUGUUAAUGCUUUUAUGGUGCAUACUUUUUAUUGCAAAAAUUUGAAUUUUAUGAGUGCAGAAAUUAAAAAUGUUAAAACAGAAAGAUCUAGUAAAGAUUCGUAUGGUGAUGAUGCAAUUGGUAAUGUUCAAUUAAAAAGAGCAGACGGCUUAUGCAUUGUUAAAGCACUUAUUACACCUGAACACCGUAUUCACCAAAAAGGAUAUGGUGUUACUAUCAUUAUAAAUGAAAGGGACGAGGAAGUAAUUAGCUGUGAAUGUCAUGACUGUGCAGCUUCGGCAGGUGGCUGCAAGCAUGGAGUAGCUGUAUUAAUGUGGUUACAUCGUAGAAGUGAGGAACCUUCAGUAACUUCUGUUGAUUGCUAUUGGAAAGCCCCCAAACUAGCAAAAGUGGGGAAAUCUUUAAAAAACAUAACCGUUCAAGAAAUGUUUACUAAACCAAUUCCCAAAUUAAGAAAAAAUGAAGGGCGCUUCCUGGAAGCUGUAGUUGAAAAGGGAAAAGCAGCUGGUAGCAGCUCUAUAUUAUUAAAUUAUUUUAAUGAAGAUUCGCCUAUUAUGAAAACGUCAAUACAUCACCUUAGUUUAAAAUAUAAAGCAGAGAAUGCAGUGUAUAGUGCUGAUGGGCUUAUCAAUUAUUGUAAAGAUAUAAUACAGGAAGAGGAUUGCGUUUCAGUGGAAGCCUUAACCAAACAGCAAUCAAAAUCAAAUGAGUGGUAUGAGACGCGAUAUGGUCGAAUAACCGCUUCAAAAGUGUAUGAAGUAUGUAGAUGCAAAACUGAGGAUGGAUGUUUGGUUGAAAGCAUUCUUGGUUCAGGAAAAAUUCCUCAGACAGCUGCUAUGUCAAGAGGACUUAAGUUAGAGGAAGAGGUUCUUGACAUGGUUCAAAAAAUUUAUAAAAUUAAUAUAAGGAAAUGCGGAAUUUUUAUAUUAAAAGAUUACCCAAUAUUCGGCGCAUCACCUGAUGGAAUAUCUGAAAAAUAUUGCAUCGAGAUAAAAUGUCCCCAAGCCCAAAAUUAUGUUAAAUAUAUUGAUAAUGAGGGUAAAAUCUCUAAAAAAGGUUAUGCCCAGCUCCAGCUACAGAUGUUGUUCAGUCAAAGAAAACAUGGACUGUUCUGUGUGGCAUCUCCAUCAUUUGAAGAAACCAAAGCAGUCACUAUUGUGGAAAUCCCAUUUGAUGAAGAAUAUUGCAAAGAUUUAAUGCAAAUUGCUCAAGAAUUUUGGAAAACAGCUAUUUAUACCAAAAUAAUAAAAUAAUUUUCAUGUAAUAAAUUGUACAAAAAAUUAA